GGCUUCGAGAUUCUGAAUUAGAUAUGAUUGCUGACACGGAAAUCUAUUCAUCUAUUCAUCUAAUCAUCUAACUCUCCAAAUCUACUCAACACGUUCGUGUCAGAUGUCCUACUUGAUACUAUUAAUUGCUACUAUUCUAACCCUCCCAAACUCAAACAUUCCGAAUUCUAACUUGUACCUUAACUAUCCCUCAAUUCCGCAUGGCCCCACGUUUAUCAAAAGCAAGCUGCAAGCAAGACACAAGAACCAUGACCCAUUGAGCAAUUAUCAUCCAAAAUCACACCAAGCCCUUCAAGAAUAACGACUAAAUUUCAAGACUUCACACUAUUUGUUCCAUCUAAAUCGUCUAUCACCGAAAAACUCAAAUUUAAACUCUCUUGGCUACAAACAUACUGAGUACACUGUAUACACAUAUCUACCUAUCCUGAAAAGAGGUAAUAUCUUUGCGGAAAAUUCCCAUCCAAUACUAGUAACGGCACCAGCACCAGCACCAGCACCAGCACCAGCACCAGCACCAGCACCAGCACCAGCACCAGCGCCAACGCCAGUACCAGUACCAAGGCCGAUAUCUUUCCAAGUCUAAAUUCAGAACCGGCCCCCCAAUCUACGGAGUAUUGAUCGAAGGUUCUAUCAAUCAUAAAAAUCCCCGGCUCUGUGCGAGAUACGUACCUCUCUAUCUGCACGAGUAUCGAGUAUGAGAAGGGAAUCCAGGGAACCCCAUACCAAUUGACAUAUCCUUCACCGUCUCAUCCAAAUCAUCUCACUCAUAUUAACGCCAAUUCCAUCCACUUCUGCAUAUAAUACUUUUUUUAAUCUUUUUCCUCUUUCAAUCUUCGAAGUCUUCUCAUUCGUCCUUACAUAUUCUUCUUACUGGAAAGAACCAAUUCGAAUUCUUAGGAACUUAACCCCUACUUACAUACGAACAUCAUCCAUCACCCUUCACAUUGAACUAUCAAUCUCCAAACCCUCCGAAUAAUCUCCGCCAAUCUUGCACAUUGUACUGCUCGAAAGCUUCCAGAACAUCAUUGAAACGAGGAAUAACCAAAAGAAGAAGAGACAAGAUACCUCCGUCCUACUACUUCCAUAACGUCCAAAACAAAACACUCGACUUCGAGUCCAAUUGUUCUCGUUAUUGUCAUGCAACGGUCCAUGCGCAACAAUUAUCGAUACGAUUCGCGACGGAAUUUACGGAUUUCCCAUUCCCAUGGAAAUAUACACAACCGGAUAUCCAACCAUAUAUUCCAUUGAAUUCAACACUCGAAAACACAAAAGCUGCAAAAUCAAAUAAACCCUCGCUCGUCCCCUCCACGGAGGUAGACGAGCGUGGUACUCAAUUCCUCCGGUGGUCCCUCGAUUCCUAACAUAUAUAUCAUUCAUUAUGACCAUAUAUUCCAGCCCACCACCAGCGCGAAGCUUCUACGACGAUAAGCCUACACUUCUUGUGUGUUGGUGGUGUACCCUAUUUUCGGCCGUCAUUAUAUUGUUCAGAGUUUGCGGACGGUACAUUAGGACGGAGAAACUUUUUAAAGAGGAUUGGUUGGCUUUUGCUUGUUUGAUCCCAUUGUUUUGUCGUAUGGGGCUCGUUCAUGUCAUUUUGUUAUUCGGUACCAACAAUGCGGUGAUAGUGGAUUUCGACGAAAGAUCAUUGGAGAGAAGAGCAACUGGGAGUAGACUGGUUCUGGUAUCGAGAGUUUUUUAUGCGGCGACACUCUGGAUGCUUAAACUUACAAUUAGCGAAUUCUUCAAAAGGCUCACAAUAAAUAUCUGGACGAGGUCACACGAAAGAACUUUGAUCUUCAUCCGAUGGUUUCUCCUCGUCACAUUCAUCGCCGUGAUAAUAGCAGAUAUCUCCGAAUGUCAACCCAUCAAUCAUUAUUGGCAAGUCACGCCAGAUCCAGGAGCAAAAUGCCGUCAAGGAUAUGCACAACUCCUUACUAUGGGGACCGUCAAUGUAUUGACCGAUCUUCUCCUCGUUUUGUUUCCCGUUCCUAUCAUUAUUGGUUCCAAAAUGAGGAUCAAGAGGAAAAUUCAAUUGGUGUUAUUAUUUGCAGGUUCGUUGAUUCCGGCAGGAAUAACACUUUACAGAAUUCCACAGAUUAUCGAUAGACAUGGUCUCCAACAAUAUCGAUCUUUAUUAGCAUCAAUUGAGAUUCUAUUCGCAACAGCUGUCGCCAAUGCGCUUAUCCUAGGAUCUUUCGUCCGAGACCGGGGAGUUAAGAAACACAAAUUUAAAUUUGGUUCCUUAACUGACACACUCGAUCGGACUACCUCUCGCCGUGGAACCGCCGCUCGGCAAUGGGGAAGCGAUGAAGAUCUCGUCCGAGACUUAGGUCUAGGGGUAAAUCCCGAAUUGCGAGGGGAAGUCCAUUCACCUCCUCGUCCCGCCCCAAUGGCUGUAGCCGGGAACAUGCCAGUAAGGAGUCACCGAUUUGGAUCAAACAAUUCAAAUGAUUGGCGUUUUCCAAGUGAUACUAGUGACGAAAUUGAUUUCGUUAAAUCAGCCCCGUCGAGACAUGUUUCUGAAGAUUUAACAUCAAUGAUGUCACCACGCCGCGUAUCAUUUUUCGACGUCGGUGGAUUACUCGAUCAAGAAUCUCCAAGAAGAAUCAGCUCCACGAGAACAAUGGAUUCGGAAUAUACAGGGGAAUCCAGCACAGCAGGCGAAGGUCCAGUAUCCACUACUUGGUCGUACGAAAAUGGUUUAAGUCCCGCUCCACCACGACGCGGUUCCGCGGCCCUUCUGCAAGAUAUAGGAGGUUUAUUGGGACCUCGAACGAGAAUCCAAAGAGCGAGUAUGGGAUAUGAGCUGGAAACAAUUUUGCAGGAGAGAAACACUGCGCCUACGAGCCAUCCGUCGCUUACUCAUGCUCAUUCGAUGCCUCCGCCUAUCGAUCAUUUAGAGAGACAGCAGGCUAAUCUGAGUUUUCAAGAUGUCGGGGGGCUUUUGGAGAGGUAAUCAUGGGUUCACACACCUAUCUACACAUUUAUAUACAUACUUGUCGGAUGUUCUCUUCAUAUCACAUCAUAUCAAUGUACCACCACCAUGUUUUCUUUUUCGACCUUGCACCUUUUCGACUUCAUCACCUGAACACUUAUUUCAGUAUUUCUUUUUACUUUGUUUUACUUUUACCUUUACUUUAGCCUUCCCUUUGUUAAGCACUCAUAGCGAACAUAACGAGAUUAUGAAAAUUGGGCGGCACGUCAGGAUCUGGAUCCGAUUUGAAUUUGGAUAUGGAGCGGAUUAGUGAUUUAAUCCACGGGCUUGGAUUGGAAAUGGGGCGUUAUGGAGUUUAACUUAUACCACAGCUGGUUGUGUUGACAUGUAUUUGGUUUUUGGUUUUGCGUGGGGAGGUCUUUUGUUGACGCGAAUGGAUUCGAAAUGAAGAAUGGAGAUGAUGGCAAUUUGGAUUCGAAGAGGGAGGUGUUUUGAGUUGGAGAUAAGAUAUGUGGACGAAUUGACUGAGAAAAUAUCAUAUAUAUGCAUGCCAACAUCUUAUUCUGGUUGGACAUGCUUUGGUUUUAUCUUCGAGAUAGGCUGGCACGUCAUGUUAUAUCACAUUAUCGGACGACAUAUGAAACGGUAGUAUGCGAGCCGAAAAGUGAUGAGUGAAGAGAGUAGAUAAAUAAUAAUAAUGAUAUCA